CAAUCAGCUUUUCGGGAUGAACUCCUGUGGUCACACUUUGUCCAGUAUCGUCAGUUCAUCAUUAAUUUAGAUAUUACAGUUCUCAUUUCAUGAAUUCGACUUUGCGUAAAGAAUAAAAUAGGGCAAAUCUCAGCAAAUUUGCAGAGUUAAAUUCCCACAUAUUUAAAGUGUUUUACAAUAAACAUAUUGAACAGAGUACCUGAAACAUAUAUUGAAUCACAAAUGAUAAUAACUUACAACCUCUGUUAUCAUACAUUGUGAUGAAAUGAAGUGCAGAUGAAAGAUAAUUUUGCAGAUAACCUGUAGUAAAAGUGUUACUUAUAUGAGUUUUGAUAUUGUUUCAAAAAUUGAAUUUUAACGAUCAGUGAUAAGUUAUCUUUGUUCAUUUCUGUGUGAUGAUUUGGCAAUUGUUUGUGCAUCUUUGUAAUGUUGAAAAAUUUACUUUGUUGUAAAUGAGGCAGGGAUAUAGACAUGUUUUCAGCCAUUUUACUGUCUUGCCUUUUUGUUUUUAUCCAGUCAGUAGAUCUUAAUAUGGCAGACUCAUCUCUUGUAUGUAACAGAGGGAUAUACAUGCACAAUAAGACAAGAGCAGUGUUUAGAGUUUCCCAGGAGAACUGUUUAGUUCCAGCAGGAUCGUGUGAGGAUUGUUUUCAACAAUGUGUAAAUUACACAGAUAUUGUAGUCAAGUUCAAGAUGGAUGUCAGUGGACAUUUCAAUGUAUCCUGGAUGAUGAAUGGUCGCGAGACAAGAUAUUUGAUGGAAUAUGGUAUCCAACUCCCAAGUGGAAUUUUACAGAUUUCUUAUGCAUUCCUGACUUUUUCAGGACUGAAGAAGUUUUCUAUGAAGGGUUGGUACAGUGUUAUAUUACAGUGUAAAAUGACAGAUUUUGCAAGGGUCCGUAUUACCAUGAGACUGCCUAAUGGGAACAGGAGUACAGAUAUAUACCCAGUGACAUUCUCAACUGCGAGUACAAAGAUGGUAUCCAGUAGUGUCAGUGUUCCGCUAGCAGAAGAAACACAGAGCCACGUUACAGAACCAAUAAAUGAAGGAAUCAUUGUUGCCAUUGUCCUUGCUGGAACUAUUACAAUAUUUGUUGUAGUAGCAGUUAUUUAUUUGAGAAAAGCUAUUAAGACGAGAAAUGAUGAGCCGAAAAACAAUACAAAGCAAACACCUACUGACCAGGUCACUUCAGAGAGUAUCCCAGAAAAAAGUUUUAGUGAAGAACAUUUACCACAUGGCAAUGAUUCUGUCUCAAAGAAAACCCAGAUAACUCCUACAGAUGUCAUUCAUAACUGUACUGAACCAUUUAUUUCCGAACUACCGGUACCGGUAUUUGAGCACAACAGUGACCACCAGUGUGUACUUGAAAACAAUAUUAUGUCACAUGAUUAUCAUAAUGUUUCAAAUCAACACAAUGGAUUAGAAUUAGUACCUCACCAACACCGUAUGCCACAUGAUAUAUUUUUUCCCCAUCAUAGACAUCAGCAUGCUAAAGAACGGACAGACGAAAUACCUCCUCAUAUUCAAAUGCAACUACAGAGUAUAAAUUCUGAGCCAUAACAUACUCCCUUCAGUCUUGUACCAAUCACUUAUAAUUUCUACAGACAAAAUAGUUCCAGUUACAGAAGAUGUCCGAGUGUCUUGUCUGACAGUGUAUCUACAUGGAUUUCGAUGUUUUGUUUGUUCGAGAUGGUUUAACACCAUUUUUAGUAAUAUUUCAGUUUGGUUACAGGCAGUUUCUGUAUUCUGCACCAGUAAUGAUUUCUUCUCUACUGCUACUUUACAACUUCCCCACAUAAAAACAAGGACACAUAACAUUGUUUGUAUCAUCUCAUUUCAAGUUGUCAUAGAGAACACAAACCAAUCCGGCUAGUGCAUUCUUGUGCAUCAUCGACACAAAAACUGAACAAUCCUCUUAGGCGUAAAAAAAGUUUGUUUCUGGUAACAUGCUAAAAA